AUGGUGCAGAUGGAGACACAACUGCAGAGCAUUUUUGAGGAUGUGGUGAAAACGGAAAUUAUAGAAGAAGCAUUCCCUGGCAUGUUUAUGGAUACCCCUGAAGAUGAAAAAACAAAACUUAUCAGCUGUUUGGGGGCCUUCAGACAGUUUUGGGCUGGUCUUUCACAGGAAUCUCAUGAGCAGUGUAUCCAGUGGGUUGUUAAAUUCAUUCACGGCCAGCAUAGUCCUAAAAGAAUUUCUUUUCUUUAUGACUGCUUAGCUAUGGCAGUUGAAACUGGUCUUCUUCCACCCAGGAUGGUUUGUGAAUCCCUGAUAAACUCUGAUACACUUGAAUGGGAAAGAACACAGCUUUGGGCAUUAACAUUUAAACUUGUUCGGAAAAUAAUUGGAGGAGUAGAUUAUAAGGGUGUUCGAGAUCUUUUAAAAGUGAUUUUGGAGAAAAUCUUGACAAUUCCUAAUACAGUGAGCUCAGCUGUUGUACAGCAACUUCUGGCAGCAAGAGAGGUUAUAGCAUAUAUCUUGGAAAGAAAUGCCUGCUUAUUACCUGCCUAUUUUGCAGUCACUGAGAUAAGGAAACUAUAUCCUGAGGGGAAACUUCCACACUGGUUACUUGGAAAUCUAGUAUCAGACUUUGUGGAUACCUUCAGGCCCACAGCAAGAAUAAACUCCAUUUGUGGUCGCUGCAGUCUUCUGCCAGUUGUAAAUAACUCAGGUGCCAUUUGUAAUUCAUGGAAGUUGGAUCCUGCAACUCUUCGUUUUCCUUUGAAAGGCCUUUUGCCAUAUGAUAAGGAUCUGUUUGAACCACAGACUGCUUUGUUGAGAUAUGUAUUGGAGCAGCCUUAUUCCAGGGAUAUGGUCUGCAAUAUGCUAGGUUUAAAUAAGCAGACCUUGAACAUUGCUCAGCACAAGCAGCGCUGCCCUGUGCUGGAGGACCAGCUGGUGGAUCUGGUGGUUUAUGCCAUGGAGCGAUCUGAGACUGAGGAGAAGUUUGAUGAUGGGGGAACAAGCCAACUUCUGUGGCAGCAUCUCUCAAGUCAGCUCAUUUUCUUUGUGCUUUUCCAGUUUGCAAGUUUUCCACAUAUGGUUCUUUCUCUGCAUCAGAAGUUAGCAGGGCGAGGACUUAUUAAAGGCAGAGAUCACCUGAUGUGGGUUCUUCUACAAUUCAUUUCCGGAAGUAUUCAGAAAAACGCGCUAGCUGAUUUUCUUCCUGUUAUGAAGCUCUUUGACCUUUUGUAUCCAGAGAAAGAAUGUAUCCCAGUUCCUGAUAUUAACAAACCCCAAUCAACUCAUGCCUUUGCAAUGACUUGUAUUUGGAUUCAUCUCAAUAGAAAAGCCCAAAAUGACAACUCUAAGCUACAGAUUCCCAUACCUCAUUCCCUAAAGCUUCACCACGAGUUCCUACAGCAGAGUCUAAGAAAUAAAAGUUUACAGAUGAAUGACUAUAAGAUUGCUCUGCUGUGUAAUGCAUACUCCACAAACUCAGAAUGUUUUACAUUACCCAUGGGAGCUCUGGUAGAAACAAUUUAUGGAAAUGGAAUUAUGAGGAUAUCUCUCCCUGGAACAAGCUGUUUAGCUUCUGGAUCUAUUACUCCCUUACCAAUGAACCUCCUGGAUUCCCUGACAGUUCACGCCAAAAUGAGCCUUAUUCACAGCAUUGCAACCAGGGUGAUAAAACUUGCUCAUGCAAAGUCCAGUGUGGCCUUGGCUCCAGCUCUAGUAGAAACUUAUAGUCGUUUAUUGGUUUAUAUGGAAAUAGAAUCUUUGGGCAUCAAAGGAUUUAUCAGUCAGCUUUUGCCAACUGUUUUCAAGUCUCAUGCAUGGGGAAUCUUACACACGCUUCUCGAAAUGUUUAGCUACAGGAUGCACCACAUUCAGCCUCAUUACAGAGUUCAGCUCCUGAGUCAUCUCCAUACAUUGGCAGCAGUUGCACAAACAAACCAAAACCAGCUUCAUCUCUGUGUUGAGAGCACUGCACUCCGGCUUAUAACAGCACUGGGCAGUUCAGAGGUCCAGCCACAGUUUACACGAUUUCUUAGCGAUCCCAAAACGGUGCUGUCGGCCGAAUCUGAAGAACUGAACCGAGCCUUGAUAUUGACCUUAGCUAGAGCAACUCAUGUAACAGAUUUUUUUACAGGCUCCGAUUCAAUUCAGGGAACUUGGUGUAAAGACAUACUUCAGACCAUCAUGAGUUUCACUCCUCAUAAUUGGGCUUCACACACCCUUAGCUGUUUUCCAGGCCCAUUACAGACAUUCUUCAAACAGAAUAAUGUACCUCAGGAAAGCCGUUUUAAUCUGAAAAAGAAUGUCGAGGAAGAGUAUAGGAAAUGGAAGUCCAUGAGUACUGAAAAUGACAUCAUUACCCACUUCUCUGUAAAAGUCUCGCCUCCUCUCUUCCUUUGUCUUCUCUGGAAAAUGCUCUUAGAAACGGAUCAUAUUGAUCAGAUUGGCUAUAGAGUAUUAGAGAGAAUUGGAGCCAGAGCCUUGGUAGCCCAUGUGAGAACAUUUGCAGAUUUCCUGGUGUAUGAGUUCUCUACAUCUGCUGGGGGUCAGCAACUCAACAAAUGCAUUGAGAUUCUUAAUGACAUGGUAUGGAAGUACAACAUUGUUACAUUGGAUAGAUUGAUUCUCUGCCUGGCCAUGCGCAGUCACGAAGGAAAUGAAGCCCAGGUUUGUUAUUUUAUAAUUCAGCUGCUAUUGCUCAAACCAAAUGAUUUUCGAAAUCGAGUGAGUGACUUUGUGAAGGAGAACUCUCCAGAACACUGGCUACAAAAUGACUGGCACACCAAGCACAUGAAUUAUCACAAGAAAUAUCCAGAGAAGCUGUAUUUUGAGGGCCUGGCGGAACAGGUUGAUCCUCCAGUACAGAUCCAGUCCCCCUACCUGCCCAUCUAUUUUGGAAAUGUGUGUCUCCGAUUCCUUCCAGUAUUUGAUAUAGUAAUCCACAGAUUUUUAGAGUUGCUUCCAGUAUCUAAAUCACUGGAAACUCUACUGGAUCACCUAGGAGGCUUAUAUAAAUUUCAUGAUCGUCCAGUGACUUAUUUGUACAAUACGCUGCAUUAUUAUGAAAUGCACCUGAGAGACCGUGCAUUUCUCAAACGUAAGCUUGUCCAUGCCAUCAUUGGCUCUCUCAAGGAUAAUCGACCCCAGGGCUGGUGUCUAAGUGACACUUACUUAAAGAGUGCUAUGAAUGCACGAGAAGACAACCCUUGGAUCCCAGAUGACUCCUACUACUGCAGAUUGAUUGGCAGACUAGUAGAUACUAUGGCUGGUAAGUCUCCUGGCCCAUUCCCAAACUGUGACUGGAGAUUCAAUGAGUUUCCCAACCCAGCUGCCCAUGCUCUGCACGUUACGUGUGUCGAGCUCAUGGCCUUGGCUGUUUCAGGCAGUGAUGUUGGAAAUGCCCUUCUAAAUGUCGUCCUCAAAAGUCAGCCUUUAGUGCCUAGAGAGAACAUCACAGCAUGGAUGAAUGCUAUUGGAUUGAUCAUCACUGCUCUACCAGAGCCAUAUUGGAUUGUCCUUCAUGAUCGAAUUGUGAGUGUUAUUAGCAGUCCCAGCUUGACAUCUGAGACAGAAUGGGUUGGCUAUCCGUUUCGCCUCUUUGAUUUCACUGCUUGUCAUCAGUCCUACUCCGAGAUGAACUGUAGCUAUACGUUAGCUCUAGCUCAUGCCGUGUGGCACCAUUCUAGCAUUGGGCAGCUUUCUCUCAUUCCAAAAUUUCUCACUGAAGUGCUUCUUCCUGUAGUGAAGACUGAAUUCCAGUUGCUUUAUGUAUACCAUCUUGUGGGACCAUUUUUGCAAAGAUUUCAGCAAGAGAGAACUCGGUGUAUGAUAGAGAUUGGGGUAGCAUUUUAUGACAUGCUGCUGAAUGUAGACCAGUGUAGCACCCACUUAAAUUACAUGGAUCCCAUCUGUGACUUCUUGUAUCAUAUGAAGUAUAUGUUUACUGGUGACAGUGUAAAAGAACAGGUAGAGAAGAUUAUCUGUAAUUUAAAACCAGCUUUGAAGCUUCGCCUUCGGUUCAUCACGCACAUUAGCAAGAUGGAACCAGCAGCAGUGCCUCCACAAGCCUUAAGUAGUGGGUCACCAGCACCGCAGCCUAAUCAGGUGCCAGUGUCUUUACCUGGAGCUCAGUGA